UCUAAAGUCAAUAAAUCAAUGCUUGCAUUUCUGAUAGAUUCUAUAUUCAAUGAAACAGGCCCCUGUACUUUUCAAAGGGAUUGGCCAUUCAUUAAAUUCUGCCAAUAACUUGGCUAUGAAAGUUCUUGGAGCCUCUCCUUCUGCAUAUUCUACUAAUCCAAAAUCCAAGUUGUCAAAUCCUCCGUCCCUUACCGGAUCUGCUAUAUCAUUGGUUUCAGUUGUGCAGGCUAGAAAUAAUGCACGGAUUAUGAUCGCUGGCUCUUUAGAUAUGUUCAGUAAUGGAUUGUUCAAAUCAGGUGUGCAGAAGGCUGGGAGCUCAAAUAAGUACGAAAAAUCGGGUAAUGAGCAGUUUGUGACUGAACUUAGCAAAUGGGUCUUCCAUGAAAGGGGUCAUCUGGAGGCUGUUAAUGUCAGACAUCACAAAGUUGGGGAAAUAGAUGAGCCUGCAAUUUAUAGGAUUAAUGAUGACCUGGAAUACUCUAUUGAGAUUUUUGAGUGGUCUGGAACAAAUUGGGAACCAUACGUGUCUAAUGAUGUUCAAGUGCAGUUCUACAUGAUGAGCCCUUAUGUGUUGAAAACCUUAUCAACCAAUCAGAAGGCUGAAGGUGAUGAUGAUGAUGCCGAGGCUGAUGAUGAUGAAACUGACAAAGAUGCUGAUAUUACAGAAGAGAGUGCACAUGGCAAGCAAAAACGAAAUAAUCGCAAGGUGAAGGAUAAAGGAAGGGAUGACAAGUCAGGUGUUGCAAUCCAAGACAUCCUCCAAGAAGAAAGCCUUGCUGAUGAAAGAAAAUAUUUCACGAUCGAGGAUGCAGAACUCGUGCUUGAAAAUUCUGAUGUGUCUGAUCCAGUAGAUUGUCUUCCUGAAAUGCAGCCUGAUUCAGAAGACAGAGAUACGGACACAUCAGAAGUUAAUGAUGUGACUUCCAUUGAAGCUUUGCAAGCCCACUACUACAACCCCAACGAAUCAGCCAUUAAAACAGUGCUUCGGUACAGUAAUCGGGAUUGCCAUGAACUUCUCGGUUACGUACCGACCUACAGAUACUCUGCUCCCCGCUGGAGUAAAGUGACAGACUUCCUCCGAGCGUCGUCCCCACCUCUUGACCCAACACUACCGGAUGUGCCCCUUAUCCGGUUGACCGAAGUAGAGGAGAUGGCGAAACGAAGCCGCAUCAAAAAUCUAAUCACCGCCACAUCAACCAAUCUACCGAGCAUCCCCUCCCGCACAGUCGUUGCCAGUCAAUCAAGCGGGGCCGUGGUCGCGUUGGCAUCAACCGCCACGGUGUAG